AUGGGGUCGUAUCCUAGUGAUCACCGGCUACAAAAGCGCCUUCUUGAGCAAAAGAUUGCAGAGCUUCCUGAGGCCGAAGUCCCUCGCGGACUUGUGUCGGUGCGAACAAUAGAUGACUCCCCCAGCCAUCAGGCGGAAUUCGACAUUUGCGAUGUUGGCAUUCUGCACGCGAAAGGAUCUACGGCCUUGUCAAGUUUGAAAGUCUACCUCAAAAAUCGCAAUGCCAUCAUCAAGGUUGCAGGAUGGAAUAUUCUGUGCAAUGUGUGUUUCCUGCCCGGACAUCAAGGUAACUAUCAGGUGAAGCGAUGCCCCGAGAUUGCAAAUGCAGCGGGUGCCAGCCUUGAAACUUUCAGCAAUAUUCCCCCAUUGGACGACGUAAGCCGUGCAGCCUUCUCGUCGAUCAAGUUCGGCAAAGUCGCAGACUCCGUCAAGAAGUUGAAGCUUCAACGAAAGCAGCAACGCGAAGACGCCAACGCCAACGCGUACGCACAGCAAAUGCGACAGGCUACUACGGACUACUAG